GAAAAAAUUGGAAAAGGGAAAAAAUUAAAGAAAAUAUGGGAAAACACGAACCCUAGAAUUCGGCCACUCUAACCCAGCCUUCACUCGGAAAGAGUCACGAUUCCGUCGAUCUCGACUCGUUCGUCUUCCUCUCGUCCCCUUUGAAUCCUUGAUGAUUACGAUAAGCAAACUUGAGGAGAUUUGGACUUAAUAGAUUGAUGCUACCAUUUCCCUGUUCUUGCAUGUAGUAAAUACAUAUGAUUGAGAAGAUGACACCACAUAGAACAUCUGGAUUGGUUGACCCUGGAUGGGAGCAUGGGAUUGCUCAAGAUGAUAGGAAGAAAAAGGUCAGGUGUAAUUAUUGCGGAAAAGUCGUGAGUGGAGGAAUAUAUAGAUUGAAACAACAUUUAGCUCGAAUAUCAGGAGAAGUUACAUACUGCGACAAGGCUCCUGAGGAAGUAUGUCUGAAAAUGAGGGAAAAUCUUGAAGGAUCCCGUCUUGGUAAAAGAGGAAGACAUAUUGUGCACGACGAACAACCAUAUUUGAGUUACCACAAUAAUGAGAAUGGAGACGAGGAAGAGCAAGAUGAAUAUAAUAAUAGUAGAGGGAAAGGAAAGCAGGUGAUAUAUGAUAAAGCUUCGGUCUUGAAUAUGACCCCUCUUCGAUCUUUGGGAUAUGUAGAUCCUGGAUGGGAGCAUGGGGUUGCUCAGGACGAGAGGAAGAAAAAAGUAAAAUGCAAUUACUGCGAGAAGAUAGUCAGUGGGGGUAUUAAUCGGUUCAAGCAACACUUAGCUAGAAUACCUGGUGAAGUGGCGCCUUGUAAAAAUGCUCCUGAUGAAGUUUACCAUAAAAUUAAAGAUAACAUGAAAUGGCAUCGAACUGGUAGGAGACAUCGACGACCCGAUUCCAAGGAUUCAUCUUCUUUCUAUAUGCCUUCAGAUAAUGAUGACGAUGAGGAUGAACAAGACGAUGAUACUAAUACAAGCAAUGAGAGGUCCUUAAUCGAUAAUAGAAGACCAGACAGGGACAUAAGAACAGUUGGUGGAUUUGAACCGAUAGUGAAAAAGACAAGAUUGGAAUAUUCCUUCAUAAAGCCAUACAAAGGUCAGACAUCAACAAAAACUGGAUCGAGUAAGAGACACUGCAAGGAAGUUGUUUCUGCCAUAGCUAAAUUCUUUUACCAUGCUGGAGUUCCAUCUCAAGCGGCUAACUCAACUUAUUUCCAUAAAAUGUUGGAAACGGUUGGCCAAUAUGGACAGGAUCUUGUCAUUCCUUCUAGCAGAAUGAUGUCUGGUCGGUGUCUACAAGAAGAAAUGAUAAUAAUAAAAAACUAUCUGGCUGAAUACAGGUCUUCCUGGGCCAACACCGGUUGUUCUAUCUUGGCUGAUAGUUGGAGAGAUUCACAUGGUCAGACGAUGAUCAAUUUUCUCGUUUCGUGCCCACGUGGUAUACACUUUGUCUGUUCUGUUGAUGCAACUGAUAUUAUCGACGAUGCUGACAGUUUGUUUAAGCUGCUCGACAAAAUGGUAGAAGACAUGGGUGAGGAAAAUGUAGUACAGGUAAUAACAGACUGCACACCCAGUUACCAAGCUGCUGGGAAGAUGCUGGAAGAGAGGAGAACAAAUUUAUUUUGGACUCCCUGUGCUGCCUACUGUAUGGAUCGGGUUCUUGCAGAUUUCAUGGGAAUAAAAAUAGUUGGAGAGUGCAUAGAAAAAGCACAGAAGAUCACAAAGUUCAUUUACAGUCAACACGGGUUGUUACAUCUCAUGAGAAGAGAAUUUACAGAGGGGCAAGAUCUUCUGAAGCUAUCUUUUACUCAGUAUUCUUCAAGUUUCGCUACCUUAAAGUGCCUGUCGGACAGUAGGGUUUGUCUUAAGAAAAUGUUCCAAUCCAGUAAAUGGUUAUCAUCUCACUUCUCAAAAUCCAAUUCUGGGAAAGAGGUGGAAAAAAUCAUACUCAAUCCAUCCUUUUGGAAGAGGAUGCAGUUUGUUAAUAAAACUGUUGAGCCGAUAAUGCAAAUUGUUCAAAAGGUCAAUAGCGAUGAAAGUCUUUCGAUGUCGUACAUCUAUAGUGACCUCUGCAGGGCUAAGCUCCAAUUUGAAAACCACGGAAAUGAUGAGCAUAAAUAUGGACCGUUCUUGAGUGUAAUUGAAAAUCAUUGGAAAUUACUAUUCCAACAUCCCUUAUACGGAGCUGCUUACUUCCUCAAUCCAUCGAUUCAAUAUCAGCCUGAAUUUGUAUCACCAAAUCCCGAGGUUGUCCGCGGGCUAAAUUCAUCCCUUGUGCGGUUGGAGACAGAGAAUACAAGGAGGGUUGCUGCAUCCAUGCAAAUAUCUGAUUACACUUCUGCUAAAGCUGAUUUUGGAACUGAUUUGGCAAUAAGCACCAGAACAGAACUUAACCCAGCUGCGUGGUGGCAACAACAUGGGAUAAACUGCUUGGAGCUACAGAGAAUCUCCGUAAGAAUUCUGAGUCAAACGUGCUCUUCUUUUGGGUGCGAGCAUUCGUGGAGUAUAUAUGACCAGAUUCACAGGCAAAAACGAAACCGUCUAGCACAGAAAAGACAAAAUGACUAUGUCUAUGUUCACUACAACUUGAGACUAAGAGAGCGACAGAUACAUCGAAAGUCAACCGAAUCUGCUCCACUUGACAAUGUCCUGUUAGAAAGCUUGCUCUAUGACUGGAUCAUAGACGAUGAUGAUACUAAGCUGUCUUUGCAUGAAGAUGAGGAAAUUAUUUGUAGCGAAACCGAUCAAGCAGAAGUUUAUGAGAAUGACCUGAUGGCGGGAGGAGGAAUAUCGGAGGACAUAAUAAAUGGGGAGAGUAGAAAAGAAUGCUUGGAAAUGGUGACUUUGGGGGUUGAUGUGGAACCUCUCGAUGUUAAGCCAUCUUGCAACGGCGAUGAUGACGAUGCUGAUCUCAAUUUUCUAGACGAUGAUCUCAGCGAUGGUUAGCCAGCAGCCAUAUGUAAGUUGUAACUGCAACAAACAGGUUCAAAUUUGAAGUCUGUCUUAAUUUAUUUUUAAUUUUAUUCAUGUGUGUGACUGAUGAAGUUGGAUUUGGUAGGUGAGUCAUUACAAUUGUGUGUUCUAGUGUAUCAUGUCUUUCUUUGUUUCAGACUGUCUUAACUUAACAUCUAUUAGUCCCUCUA